AUGGCUGGUGGAAACGAAGUCAACCUAAACGAAUGCAAGAGAAUAGUUCCACUCAACACAUGGGUCCUCAUCUCCAACUUCAAGCUCGCCUACACCCUCCUCCGCCGCCCCGACGGCUCCUUCAACCGCCACCUCGCCGAGUUUCUCGACCGCAAAGUCCCCGCCAACUCUUUCCCCGUCGACGGCGUCUUCUCCUUCGACCACGUCGACACCUCCACCAACCUCCUCACCCGCAUCUACCUCCCCGCUCCCCUCGACCCCUCCCGCCACGGCUCCGUCGACCUGACCGAGCCUCUCAGCACCACCGACGUCGUCCCCGUUCUCGUCUUCUUCCACGGCGGCAGCUUCACUCACUCCUCCGCCAACAGCGCCAUCUACGACACUUUCUGCCGGAGGCUCGUCACCAUCUGCGGCGUUGUUGUUGUCUCCGUUGACUACCGGAGGUCCCCGGAGCACCGUUACCCUUGCGCUUACGACGACGGGUGGAACGCUCUCAAAUGGGUCAAGUCCAGAGUCUGGCUUCAGAGUGGUAAAGACUCGAAUGUUUAUGUUUACUUGGCUGGUGAUAGCUCUGGUGGCAACAUAGCUCAUAACGUCGCUGUGAGAGCGACCAGUGAAGGAGUUAAAGUUCUGGGGAAUAUUCUUCUGCAUCCUAUGUUUGGUGGGCUCGAGAGGACUCAGUCUGAGAAGAGACUUGAUGGUAAAUACUUUGUCACUAUUCAAGAUCGGGAUUGGUAUUGGAGAGCUUAUCUACCGGAAGGUGAGGAUAGAGAUCAUCCCGCUUGUAAUCCCUUCGGUCCUAGAGGUCAGAGUCUCGAAGGAGUCAACUUCCCCAAGAGUCUUGUUGUUGUGGCUGGUUUGGAUCUUGUUCAAGAUUGGCAGUUGGCUUAUGUCGAUGGGCUUAAGAAGACUGGUCACCAUGUUAACCUUUUGUAUUUGAAGCAAGCUACCAUUGGAUUUUACUUCUUGCCUAACAAUGAUCACUUUCAUUGUCUUAUGGACGAGUUAACUAAGUUUGUGCACUCCAUAGAUGAGGAUAGUCAAAGCAAGUCAUCUCCUGUUCUGCUGACUCCAUAG